GACUGAUUGCUCCAUGGGCCUGGGACAUAAGCUGAACCUCUGGCCUGCAGUUCCAGAUCCAAGGGGACUGAGACAAACUGCCGGCUGCCACUGGCUUGUCAGGAGCACCUGGGCUAUCUUAGUUUCCACUGCUGCAGCCUGUGGCCUGGUCAUUUGCCCAUGGUGGUAUGGUCCCCAUGCAUGGGACUUUUUCAUCCUGACUCCAGGCUUCUGUUCAUCCAUCAGGGCUUAAAGCAUCUUCUGCCCUAUCGUGCCCUGAACUUUUUGCUGCAAAAAGCCAAGGGCACUGGCUCACGCUUAUCUUCCCAGCCACUGUUUACUGCUGCUACACUGCUGCCCAAGACACUUCAGAAGUGACCGUUGUUGUCAUCUCCUGCCAAGUCCCGGAAGGCAAGCCACCAAGUCCCAUGCACCAUUCCCACAGCCCAACAACCUUCCCGACUCUACCCACUGGAAUCUAAAGAGUCUGCCCACUUCUGGAUGUUUGUUCAGGAGAUGGACCACAUGUCUCCCAGGCUGAGAGCCUUCCUCUCUGAACCCAUUGGAGAAAAGGAUGUCUGCUGGGUGGAUGGCAUCAGCCAUGAGCUCGCAAUCAAUUUGGUCACCAAAGGUAUCAACAAGGCCUACAUCCUGCUGGGACAAUUCCUUCUGAUGCACAAGAAUGAAGCCGAGUUUCAGAGGUGGCUCAUCUGCUGUUGUGGUGCCACUGAGUAUGAGGCCCAGCAGAGUUCUAACUGCCUCAAGGAGUGGUGCGCCUGCUUCCUGUAGACACAAACCUCAUCGCUGCCUCCCACCCCCUGGGGAAAAUGACGCCCUCUCCACCUAU